AUGGUGAUGAGGGCUUUUGUCCUGUUGGCCGUCUUUGUGGAAGCCUCUGCAAGAUCAUGCACUCCAAAUAAAGCAGAUGUCAUUCUUGUGUUUUGUUAUCCCAAAACCAUCAUCACCAAAAUCCCCGAGUGUCCCUAUGGAUGGGAAGUGCAUCAGCUGGCACUCGGUGGGCUGUGUUACAAUGGAGUCCAUGAAGGAGGUUACUACCAAUUUGUAAUCCCAGAUUUGUCACCUAAAAACAAGUCCUAUUGUGGAACCCAGUCUGAGUAUAAGCCCCCCAUCUACCACUUCUACAGCCACAUUGUUUCUAAUGACACCACAGUGAUCAUAAAGAAUCAGCCUGUGAACUACUCCUUCUCCUGCACCUAUCACUCCACCUACUUGGUGAACCAGGCUGCCUUUGAUCAGAGAGUGGCCACUGUUCACGUGAAGAACGGGAGCAUGGGCACAUUUGAAAGCCAAUUGUCUCUCAACUUCUACACUAAUGCCAAGUUCUCCAUUAAGAAAGAAGCCCCUUUUGUCCUGGAGACAUCCGAAAUCGGUUCAGAUCUGUUUGCAGGAGUAGAAGCCAAGGGGUUAAGCAUUAGGUUUAAAGUGGUUUUGAACAGCUGUUGGGCCACACCCUCGGCUGAUUUCAUGUAUCCCUUGCAGUGGCAGCUGAUCAACAAAGGCUGCCCCACGGAUGAAACAGUCCUCGUGUAUGAGAACGGGAAAGAUCACAGAGCAACCUUCCAGUUCAAUGCCUUCCGAUUCCAGAACAUCCCCAAACUCUCCAAGGUUUGGUUACACUGUGAGACGUUCAUCUGUGACAGUGAGAAGCUCUCCUGCCCAGUGACUUGCGACAAACGGAAGCGCCUCCUCCGAGACCAGACAGGGGGUGUCCUGAUCGUGGAGCUCUCCCUCCGUAGCAGGGGAUUCUCGAGUCUCUAUAGCUUCUCAGAUGUUCUCUAUCACCUCCUCGUGAUGCUGGGGAUUUGUGCCGUGUUAUAGAAGAUAGCCAGGUAGGC